AAAAGCGUAACUCGAGGAUAGUCUGUAAUUUGUUAUUGUCUGCCGUCUGUUGUUGAGAGAAAUUGAGCAUCCCUGAAAUGUCAUCGGUCAAUUUCACCGCCAAAAUAUACGUCAUUUUAUGCGCAAUCGGAAACAUUCUACAAAGACUGCAAAAAUAAACAAAUCGUUUGUGAUGGCUGCCUCACCACCGAGAAGAACUUUACGCAGCUCCAAUAGAUUAUCGCUAUCAUUAACUCGGAAAAAGAGAAAGGCGAAAACAGACUCCUCUUCAAAUCAAGUGUCACCAAAUGUUCCGGAAUCGGAGUGUUUGAAUAUUCCUGCCACAUCAGCUGCUACGGAGCAAGUUUCGCCAGUCAAGGAUCCAAUAAGUGGUACAGAUUCGCAAGCAGAUAACAAGAAAAACACAACGAUCAAUUGUACUGUAACCGGUCGGAGGGAUCUUUGUUCGCCUGAUCCGAUUAUUAUAGUAAGUGACGAUGAAAACAAUGGUGAUACUCCAUCGAAGAGAUCCAUACGGGAGUAUUUUACUCCUUCGAAACAUCGGACCUAUAGUCCAGGAUCGACAAGUACUUGGACAACGGGUGGAAAAAUUAAUCAAACAGUGAAAUCGUCUAAUAAGAAACAUGUAUCGCAGAGCGUACCAAGAAAAGAAGUUGGCAAAGCUCGUCGGAAGAUUUGUCCGAGUACCAACAUCAAGAUGCUCACGAAGAAAUACUUCGAUGACUCUCAAAAACGAAUCACAAACUUUUUCAACAAGGAUGACGAUUCCGACCGGAUAGGAUAUUGCCGUGUGCUGAAGGAAUCGGUAAUGCCCGCGAUUAUCACCGGCGAUAUGGAUGUGGAGAAAAUGUUGUGUGUAACAGUCGCUGAAGGAACGGAACAAUUAAGCUUUUCGCAACAACCCUCGCAGCUUCAGCCAUUAGAGACAGGCACUGGAAUGAAUCCCACACAAAUUAUGGAGCGAAUUGAACGUGUGCAAAGUGAAUGCUACGAUCCAGAACGAGAAGCAUGGAACAUGGAACGUGUGGCGUUCCCAAUUGAAGUACCAACUGCGAGUGACAAUAAGGAAGACGACGCCAAUACAAUUCUCCAGAAAAGUGCUGCCACGAUAGAGCUGAAGAAGUCGAAAGAGAAAUGUUUGCGAAUAAGUGGCAUUUCGCGACUGAGUGAGGUAUCGCUGACACCAAAGAACCGAUCGAGUGUAACACCCGGACUUAAAGCUCCUCGUAGUGCUAGGAGCAAAAGUGGCAAAAAAAUCAUGUGUCCUUCGUACAAAAUUAUAGCUGGGACCAAUUUUGCCGUCGAUGCGUUUCGUUACGGUGAUAUCGAGGGCGUAACGCACUACUUUCUGACGCACUUUCAUGCGGAUCACUAUAUUGGACUGAAGAAAACGUUCUCAAAACCUCUCAUAUUGUCAUCCAUAACGGCAAGACUGGUAAAGGCAUUUAUAAAUGUUGCUGAAGAAUUUUAUCAAAUUGUAGAAUUGCAUCAAAGCAUAGUUAUCGAUGACGUGGAGAUAAUAGCGCUGGACGCGAAUCACUGCCCUGGUGGAAUAAUGUUUCUGUUUCGUCUUCCAAAUGGAAGCAAUGUGCUUCAUACGGGCGAUUUCCGGGCAUCCCCGGAAAUGGAAGAAUAUCCCGAGUUUUGGAAUUUUCAAAUCGACAUAAUUUACCUAGACACGACAUACCUUUCUUCAAAAUAUGCUUUCAAAUCGCAAUGGGAGAGUGUGGCCGAUGCUCGGGAAACUGUAUCUGCCUAUCUGAAGAAACAUAUUGGCGUCAAGGUGCUGAUAGUGUGUGGCAGCUACCUCAUCGGCAAGGAGAAGGUUUGGCUCGAGCUAGCUAUUUCUACAGGGAUGAAAGUUUGGACCGAACCUAACCGAUGGAAGGCACUGAAAGCGAUUGCAGAUUCGCAGCAGCUGUCGGUGCUUGUGGCUGAUCCUAAUAAAGCGAAUAUUCACGUUUUAGCGAUGAAUAAAUUGUCUUACGAUGAAUUGAAUGAAUAUAUGAAUCAGUUUCCUGAUCGGUAUGAAAGUGUAAUAGCUAUACGACCUAGCGGGUGGGAGAAAAAUAGCAAACCGCAGUACCGUGGACGAAUCAACAUAGUGGGAAUAGAGUACUCGGAACAUUCGAGUUUCGAUGAAUUGAAGCGAUUUGUUCAGUUUUUGAGACCACACGAAGUAAUCAGUACAGUGCCUUACGGAAAUUCUAAUCAAAAUCGUACUCCAACAGUGCCUGUAUCGUGGUAUCAAGGUGAAAUUCGUCCUCAAAGAAAGGCAUUGCAACUUUCCAUGACUAAUUUUAUCGCACUAACUUCUGAAAAGAACUCUCCAAUGCCAAAUCCAUCAUCCUCGACCUUAAAAGCAAGUUGCUUGGCGAAACGAAUAAAGUUAGAAGCAAAUAGGGCUACGCCAACAUCAAAAAUGAUCUCCGAGAUCAUAGAUUUGGACAGUAGUGAGGAGGAAAGAUCAGUACAAAAAUCAGAGAAUGGAGAAUAUAGUUUCGACAGUGAUUGGUUGCCAUGAAUCUGUAUGGAUGAUCAACAUGCAGAACUUAAGAAUAAAAGAAAAUGAUACACUGGUAUCAUUUCGAAACUAUGUCAAUUUUAGCCACUCAGACGUUUUUGGUCCAAGCUAAAUAGUAUUAAAAAUUACAUAUACAAUAUACAUACAAAUAUACAAUAAUGGCUGUGCUACUGCAAUGCAUGUCAUCAGUGCGGAUGAAACGAUUCGGACCCCGAUUCGAUGUAUCAUUUGGAGCUAAUGAUUGUAUUGCAUUCGAUUUGGAUAGUGAAAUACAAUAUUACAGACCCAGCACAACUUUGCAUGUAAUGCAAUUUUCAUAUUGUUAGAAUCAUAUGCGGUACGUAUAGUUAUCUACUUUGGAAAUUUUAAAUAAUUUUCAUUCUGUAUCACACUCAUUUGUUAAAAUUGUUAAGAUUUUUUUUACUCUUUAAUUUACGCUGUUCAUUAGAGAUAAUGAAAAAAUAUUUGUGUUUACCUAUUGCAUUCCAGAAAUAAUCGUUGCAGAAUAAAAUGGGAAGUGUACGAUGUAGGUUAUUUGGAUUAAAAAUGUAUGAUUUAUAUGUUUUGAUAUUGUGGUUUCAAUGCGUCAGCUCCUACAAUUCCGGCAAAAUGGAUUCUUCAUCUGAUUUCCCUUCGCAACAUGGGCUUGGCUACCUGGUUAAUAGGUACAACAAUUAACUUCUCGAAUUCUGUGUAGGCCGCCAAGGACACGCAUGUCUACGCCAAAGAAGAAUCAGAACAAUAUAUGAGUUUUCAUAGAAUUAAUCGAGCAACGUUAUUAUGCUUAAUUUAAUUAUUUAUUGGUUAUUUAUGUUUAAAUUGUCACAUGAUCUAUCUAAAUGUACCGGGUCCAACGCGUUUCUUAAAAGAUUCUUUAAGGACAAAAUCAAAAAGGAUCAUAUGUUUGGAUGAGCAGAGGAGAGGGUAUCUAGAGCUUCAGCCAGUCCAACUACGUUUCAACACUAGCAACAGCCGGGAGCGUAGCUGAAAUGCAGACACAUUUAAAUUUAACUUUUAAUGGAAGGCUGUUCAACAAGGAACAAACAAAGUAUAAUUACGUUUAUACAUUCAUACCUACGAAAAACCAGUGGAAGUUCACUUGCCAUAAAUUACCAGCAACAGUGAGUCAUAUCAAUAGUAAAAUGAGGCGAAUGAAGCAUUUUGACUGGAAAAACUAGUUUGUAUUUCUGAACUAUGUGAAGUAAAACAUUUUGACAUCAUAUGUCUGUAAUAAUACUAUCUAUAGAAUAAACAAAAAACAUCCUGAAGUGAAAUAAAAACAAUAUCCUUAUAUUAACGGUGUG